CAUUUUGAUUCCGACGAUGGUUGCCUUGAUUUACUUUGUUAUUUUGAUUACUGUUUUUGAGAGUACUCAUUCUGUGCCGUCAUCCUCGAAACUAAAGUUAGUAAUAGAUCAAGAUGGUGGAGCAGACGACGCUAUGGCAAUAUUUAUGGCUCUGUUGAACGAAAAAUAUUAUAAAGGCCCAAAAUUAAUAGCACUCACAACAACCCAUGGCAACGUUGGGGAAGAACAAGUAUUUAACAACACCCAAAGAAUCCUCGCAGUGGCUAACAGGAGAGAUAUUCCAAUAUACAGAGGCAGUAACAAAGCUUUAAUUAAGGGCUCAGAACCUGAUCAUUACUUUGGUUACGAUGGUCUUGGUGACAACAAUACAGACACGUUUAAAUCAAUACGUGCUCAGAGGGAACCAGCCGUCGUCGGGCUUAUAGAGUUGUCCAAAAAAUAUUCAGGAAGCCUCGUGAUAGUUGCUUUCGGAAGUCUUACCAAUAUUGCACUGGCGUUGCGGUCCGAUCCCAUGUUUUUAUCAAGACUUUCACAUCUUUACAUUGGUGCUGGAAAUAUUUACAGCGAAAAUUACAAAGAGCCUGAAUUUAACGCGUAUAUGGACGUGGAAUCGUAUCACAUAGUGGCAAACGAGAGUACGCCGGACAAAGUCACCAUCAUACCUUUCUCACAGAUACUGACAUAUCAGAAAAUAAGCAAAGAAUGGAGAGUAAAAGUUUUAGGUUCCAUAGAUACAAAAAUAAUGCAAGCUCAAAACCGGUUUGAACAGAAAUCACUACCGGUAGACGAUUAUUGGUGCUUAUUGGACCCGGCUGUGAUGGGAAUCGUAUUAAAUGAAGCUUCAAUUGUCACAGAAUCUCGAUAUUCUAAUAACAGUAUUAUUUUAACGGGCGAUCAAAGAGGUAUAAAUACAAACGAUUUUACGACGAAAGACAAAGCUAACGCUCGUGUUAUAUACGAAGUCAGUAAAGAACCCUUCAAACAACUCUUAUAUAAUUUAUUUUCAGCGGAGUUAGGUUCUGACUAAAACUGCGAGCGAGACGAUAAAAUAGAUAUAUGUUAAAUAUAAUUAUGUUAUCUUUAAAUUAUUUUUGUAAUAUAAAUAUUAUUUCA